AAAACACACGUGCAUGCAUAAUUACCGUGCCAUACUGUACUGUACAAGUGUCGACGGGCAUGGUCGGCUGACGUGACUUUGUCAAAUUUAUAAUCAUACUUUACUCUUUAGAGUUGAGAUGGCUGGCGAAGAUUUACCCGUUUCCAAACAGGGAGCAGCCACAAUUGAUGGGAUUCACACAGACGUCGUGUGUACCGCCUUCAAAGACAGAAUAUUUGUCGCGAUAACACAGUACGAGAAACUAGGAACAAUUGUGCAUGUUAUUCCAGACUCGACCCCAGCAGACACGAGGCAGCAGAGUUUCACAACAAAAGUCCUUCUUGGGAAAGAUGAACCUAUUACCCACGUCAUGGCCAAGAACCUAGCAACGAAGAUCUGUGAAGGGCCAGACAGUAAGCCACUCCUCCUGGCCAUCGCUUUAAAGGAGCACUCCCCGUCGGUACUGAAAUCCCUUCAAGAACUAGUGGUGCAGUUCCGAGUGUGGUGACAUUCCCUUUAAUCAUGGCAGGGGUGUUCAAUCUCAGCUUUAAAGCUGAUUUCAGCUUUGUUUGUUUUAGAUUUCAGCUUUUUUCCCUC